GAUUCGCGCUCGGAGGAAGUGUGUCCCUUGAGCGCGCCCUUAGGUGUGUGCGGGGCAAAGCGGCUCUCGCGCGUGCUCUCCCCCCCCCCGCGCGUCCUGUCGAGAAAAUAAAGAUGGCGGCGCCCUGGAAGGCUGGAAGUGAAUAAUCCAAUGAGGAAUGGGAUAAAGCUUCUUCCAGAACAUCAAAUCGACUCUUUGGACUUUUGUACCUUUUUACUGAAGAGUUUACUGUGUGAUUUCAGAGUUCUAAGGUUUGAAAUACGUGUUGCUGUUUUUAUUGGCAGGGAUGAUGCUGAGGAAUCUCAGGAGACUCCUUUGCCAGGCCCACAGGCUGGAGCAGGGCUGCUUUCUCCCCUCUGGUUCCAGGAGCUGGCAAUGCACUUCAGCAAUCCAGGAUGCCCAGCUUUCUCCAGACAAGCCCAGGGCGAUCUUCCGUACCAGUGAGAAUGACCCGGGCAACCACACGGAGAAACACGUGGGCCAGUAUUACACGCUCCCGCUCGAGGAGGUACAAGUGACAUUUCCUCACGGACUACCAAAACGCUUCAGCCAACAGAUAAAAACCUUCAACGAAGCAUGCUUCAUGGUACGGGAGCCGGCCGUUGAACUUCUUACCUACUUGAAGCAAACCAACUUUGCCUACCCCGCUGUCCGAUACAUCCUCUAUGGCCGGAAGGCCACGGGGAAGACGACGACUCUGUGUCACGCCAUCCACCACUGUGCACGGCAGAACUGGCUCAUCCUGCACAUCCCAGAUGCUCACCUCUGGGUGAAGAAUUGCAAGGAGCUGCUGCCGUCCAGUUACAAGGAGGGGCGCUUCGACCAGCCCCUGGAAGCCUCGACCUGGCUGAAGAAUUUCAGAACCACCAACGAGCGCUUCUUGAAUGAGAUCAAAACGCAACAGAAGUACGUGUGGGGCAGGCGCGAGAGCACCGAGGAAGGCAGGCCCCUGGCGGAGGUGGUGGAGCAGGGCUUAACCCGGGUGAAGACCGCGAGUGACGCUGUGGGGGCGCUCUGCAAAGAGCUGAAGCGGCAGUGCAUGCAGGGCUCCUUCCGGCUGCUGGUCGCAGUGGACGGGCUCAACGCCCUUUGGGGGAGGACGACGCUGCGUGGGCCGGACAGGGGAGAGCUAUCCCCGGGGCAGCUGACUCUGGUCCACCACUUAAAGAAGAUGGUAGCCAAUGACUGGAACGGAGGCGCCAUCGUGGCUGCCCUCAGCCAGACCGGUGCCGUCUACAAGCCUCGCAGAGCUUACCUCUUUCACGAACUGUUGGGAAAGGAGGGUUUUGAUGCCCUGGACCCCUUUGUGCCCAUUCAAGUUCUCAACUAUACCAACCGGGAAUUUGAGAGCUGCUAUCAGUAUUACUUGGACCGCAAGUGGCUGCAGCACGAAAAAGCCAGCACAGAUGGAGGCCGACAGGAGCUUCGUUUUCUCUCUGGAAGUAACCCUGGAUUGUUCGACCAGAUCAGCGCCUUCUUAUGACUCCACAUUUCUUCCCUUCCAACACCACCAGAAUCUCAUCCCAUUGAACUCAUACAGAAUUAAAAAACACUUCUACUUCUGCA